AUGGCCUAUCAACAAACCAAUCAUUUGACAGUAUUCCCAGAUGAUAAAUUUGGUUUCUUGAAUGGGCUGCUCAUCCUGGCAUUCAAACCCCAUGAGAUAGUGAUGGGACUGAAGGAGACGAUACACCACAAGUCACGACGAAGCUCAAUGACAUUGAACUGGUCGCCCAUCGUCGAGCAAAUAUGGGUUGAUUCUGUGGACGAGAUGGUCUUCGAUGACGAAUCCCUCAAGAACAUCCCGAUGCCAGUGUGA